UAAAUGCUACUACAGAUGUGCUACUCCGAAACUUCGGUGCGCCAUUUCCGGUCGACAUUCAUCAUUCUAGGGACACACUUGAGUACGCGAAGCGAUGACAACGCACCUUGCAGCGGAUUCCUGAACCAGACGAUCUCGUGCAAAGACUUGCUUCUCUCUGCUUUCCGUUCUCCCGGAUUUUACUUUCCUCGGCAUAAAAAUAAGGAAUCAGCCGGAAUCAGUUGCAACUGCCAAACUCGAGUGAUAUCGACAAAAAAAAUGCCUCUGCGAAUAACCCGAAAGCACGUCGAACUGGCGUCGAAAUGGUCUGCAACCGCAAUGGCUUACGGAACUGGCGGAACCUUAGCACUGUUAUACUUUACAGACUGGAAAGCAGUGGUUACAUAUAUUCCAUUCUACAAUACCAAGUUUCAAGAAUAAGGCACAGGGUUCCUCAAUAAGAUUAUGUAAUAGUGGAGCGAUAGAGACUAUUGUACCAUGCUAUAUUUACAUCUGUUACUAUGUUUUCGUCUGUUUCAUCUAAAUUAUAAGGUAUAUUAAAUAAAAAAACGUAUGUGUGAAA